AGAGUUUCGCGUUGUCACUACGUGAGGCCUCCAACAUCAAUUCGGAGUCUGGCCGAGCCUCCUGCCGACCCUUUAAAGAACAAAAUAGAGAUGGAGAUGAUCAAGUCCAUAAUUCACCACAAAGUCAACUGACAGGAAAUUAUAUCAAGUCUCCUGUUGAUUCCAUGAAGUACUUCAUGGUCAAUUCAUAAUAAAUAUUCGGAAUACUUCAUGAUUUGAUAUUAUUAUAUAUGGCUAUAUAUAAAUAUAAUUAUAUACUAUGUGUGAACGCGAUUACUCUGAUUAUAAUAUUAUGUCUUGGAGAAUUAUGUUAUGGUACUCUGUCACCACGGUCACCACCUGAAAAAAAAAAUAAAGAAAAAAAGAAGGAUAACAAUAAUAAGUUAUAUCAGGGUCCUGUAAAUCAAAAUGUUUUUCAAAGAAACUUAGUAGUAGAAAAUCCUAAACAACAGGAUAUUCUUUAUGAAUCUGGUCGAUAUUUUCAAGAUACAAAGAAUAGAAGAUUUAAAAAUGAAGUUUUGGGAUAUUGUACUCCUUGGAAUGCAGAUGGAUUCAAAAUGUCCAAAACAUUUCAUGGCAAGUUCACAAUGAUAUCUCCAGUAUGGUUGUCUUUUCCUUUUGGCAAUACAUCAACUUAUAAAUUGGCCACUGACUCUGUACAAAUUAAUUGGAUAAAGGAAAUAAGGAAUAAUAAUAAUAUUAAUCAUAGCGUGAAACUUAUACCUAGAGUAUUAUUUGAACACUGGUCAAUCGAUGACAUUAUUAGAAUAUACAAUAAUGCAGAGAGUCGAACACAAUUAAUAGUAUCACUUUUGGAUGCUGCUCAGAUCUUCCAUUUUGAUGGAUAUGUUUUAGAAAUGUGGAAUCAGUUUGUAUUUGCAGGUGCAAAUAUGUCAGUUGUUACUUUUAUAGUUAGACUUAUUGCACAAAAGUUAAGGGAACAUAAUUUGAACAUUGUAUUAGCAAUACCACCAUUUAGAGGUGCACAAAUGGAAUUAUUUUCCAAACAACAGUUUGAUGAAUUAUCACCAUAUGUAAAUGCCUUUUCACUAAUGACUUAUGAUUAUUCGAGUAUUCAAAGGCCAGGCCCAAAUAGUCCUUUAAAUUGGGUUAGGAAAUGUGUUGAAGUAUUAGUUCCAAAAAAUGAUCCUAGACGAUCUCAAAUAUUAUUAGGUAUUAAUUUCUAUGGUUACAAUUAUACACCAGAGGGUGGUGGAGCAAUUCUUGCAUCUGAAUAUUUGGAUAUAUUAAAAUCAUUUAAAGGAAAGAUUCAAUGGGAUGAUAGCAGCAAGGAGCAUUUCUUUAAAUCAAAAUUGCCUGUAGGUAAUGGUUAUAUUUUCUAUCCUACAUUAUAUUCAAUUAAGAAACGCUUAGAUCUCGCUAAUGAAUUAGGUACAGGGAUCUCAAUUUGGGAAUUAGGCCAAGGAUUGAAUUAUUUUUAUGAUUUGCUAUAAUUUG